UCCACCCUAAGCCCCGCCCACAACACACACUCAAAACAUCUCAUCUGCUUCAAACCCUCUCACUUUAUAUACAAUAUUACCCCACACCAUGCACUAACAACCAUCCCAUUAACCUACAUUCAUCCCUGAAGCCUUCAUUGAUUUAAUUUAUGGGCCAUGGAGGACCCUGGAGGCCCAGGUUGAGAGAAAAUUGAAAUUGAAAACGUCGUCAUCAAAUUGCCGGGAAAGUUUAGUGUUUGAAGGUGGUGAGUUAAGUUGUUGCGAGUGUUGCUUUGUCUGGGUGGUGUGUUGCUCGCACGUUCCUGCACACCACAGCUCUCCCACAGCUCGGGAUGCUCUUCUGAGAGUGAGCACAGGUGCUGCAUGUGGCAGAGGUGGCGGUGGAGGCUGGGGGCCGCCCUUGGUUGACCACAACGCGGGAAAUCUGAACGUGAACAGCUGAUCACCAGAGGUGAAGUGGUUGAUGCCACGAGCAGGAAGGUGCACCACCACCACCAGCAGAGGAACACCGCCAGUGGGAGCACCACCACCACCAGCAGAGGAACACCGCCAGUGGGAGCACCACCACCACCAGCAGAGGGACACCGCCAGCGGGGGAGCACCACCACCAGCAGAGAAACCGCCAGCGGGAGCCCAACACCAGCAGUAGAGCACCACCAGCACUUUGAGCAGUAGCAGGAGAGGAGCACCUCCAGUACUUGAGCACCUUCCAGUGGUCGAGGAGCACCUCUAGUGGUCGAGGAGCACCUUCCAGUGGUCGAGGAGCACCUUCCAGUGGUCGAGGAGCACCUUCCAGUGGUCGAGGAGCACCUUCCAGUGGUCGAGGAGCACCUUCCAGUGGUCAAGGAGCACCUUCCAGUGGUCGAGGAGCACCUUCCAGUGGUCGAGGAACUCCUUCCAGUGGUCGAGGAACUCCUUCCAGUGGUCGAGGAGCUCCUUCCAGUGGUCGAGGAGCUCCUUCCAGUGGUCGAGGAGCUUCUUCCAGUGGUCGAGGAGCUCCUUCCAGUGGUUGAGGAGAUUCUUCCAGUGGUUGAGGAGAUUCUUCCAGUGGUCGAGGAGCUUCUUCCAGUGGUCGAGGAGCACCUUCCAGUGGUUGAGGAGCACCUUCCAGUGGUUGAGGAGCACCUUCUAGUGGUCGAGGAGCACCUUCCAGUGGUCGAGGAGCACCUUCCAGUGGUCGAGGAGCACCUUCAAGUGGUCGAGGAGCACCUUCCAGUGGUCGAGGAGCACCUCCAGUGGUCGAGGAGCACCUUCCAGUGGUCGAGGAGCAGCAGCAGGAUGCCACUGCUCAAUAAGAAACCCUUCGUCAAGAGGGAGCCUCCUUCACACCUCCAGCUCAGUGAUAAGGUCUUCUAUUGUGACAUCACCAAUGAGGUCUUCACUGACUUUGAUGAAUACUGGGAGCGACUGGUGCUAUGCAACGCCAUGGUGUGGACUUGCGAGUUGACCGGCCGACCCAGCCUCACCUACACCGAGGCUGCUGAGAGCGAGACCAGAGCUCGCAGGUGUUUGUCUAAUGUUCCUCAGGUAUUGCGGAAGCCCUUGCUCUACAUAGCUACCUUGACUCGCCGUGGGCGCUACAUAGAUAUGAGUGAAGAUGUUUUCACCUUCGUCCGUGACCGCUACUUUGUCGGAGAGGAGGUCGAGGCUAUAGUCAAGAACCACUGGUAUGACUGCAGGGUGAUUCAGAUAAUAUACCCCACACCUGAAGAAAUAGCUAAAUAUGAAUUUGAGAUGGCAGAGUCUGACGAGGAAGGCUCUCAGAUGAUGAGUGAAGCUGCACUGAAUGGUGGCAUCACAGCGAGAGAGAUGAAUGGGGAGAUGGGGAGUGUGGACGAUGACGACAUCCAGAUCAUCAAGGAUCUCGCCCCCAAAAAGAAGGAAGUAAAAAAAUUGGAAGAGGGCGAUGACUAUCCCCCAUUUGCCACUUACAAGUACGAAGUGAUUGAGAUUGAACCCUGGGAUUAUAAGGAAGUAAAGAAACACACAGUAACGUGGGAGCAGAUUCGUCGAGUUAAGGGCACCUUCACCCGGGAGAAGUGUAAACUGUUGCUCAAACAGUGUGUAGAACUGUCUCCAUCAGGAUUCUGGGUCAUUAAGGAGAAUUUGUCAAGAAGAUAUGACCUGGAUAAUGUGGUGUACUCAGAUAUAUUCCUCGGAGAACCUCCCAAGUUCAGAGAAACCAAAGCUAAGAAAAUGCCUGUCAGUUUGAACCCAGACAAAGAAAUGAAAAAGCUUGCUGCUGAGAAGAGGAAACGAGAGAGGAAGGAAGCACGAGAGAAGAACCCAGAAGUAGAAGUGAAGAGACGAGGGCGAAUUCCCAUGAGUGAAGAGGAGAAGGAAGCGCGCAAGAAAAUGUUAAAAGAAGAGAAGGAUGGUCUGAAGUUGGAGAAGAAGGAGAAGCAGAGAGAAGAACUGAAGCAGAAGUUGGAGAAGGACAAGGUAGAGAAGAAGAUUCAGCGAGAGUUACGCAAAGAACAAAAGCGACUUCACCAGCAGUACAUGAAGGAGUGGAACCGUGUGCGUGACGACCUCGACUGUGACGACCACAAGGACCUACCAAAACCCACACCCGUUCAGUGCCGCAUACCAGAUGACCUGUUCAGCGACUUUAUUAUGGUAUUAGAGUUCAUCAAUAUUUUCUCUGACCUGGUUGAAUUAAAGGAUGUGUAUCCGCAAGGCAUAACCUUUGACAUCUUGGAGCAUGCGCUGGUUGAGAAGGAGGUCGCAGGUGUGUUCAAUGACCUCAUGCAGCUGCUGUUGCAGACCAUAUUCACCCUGCAGGAGGAGGAAGAUGAUGAGGUGGAAGCUGACAACACUGCUGAUGAAGUGAUGGAAGCCAACACUAGUGACAUUACCAUACACGAGGCAGUGCGGGUAGCUAACCGUGCAUCCACCUGGAGUCAGCAGUACCAUGGGCUACCACUGCAGAAGGUACCACUGGAUGCCCUAACUGUCACUGAGAUCUUACGCUUGCAUCUCCUAGCAUCAGGGGCUACCAGUGUUGCCAAUGGACAGUGGAGGCACUUCAACCGUGGUGGCUUCAAGAACUGGGAUGACCCUGGACUACACUUCAAACUCCAUGAACCAAUGAUAAUUAAAUCCCUCGCUACACAAACUAUAUUUGACCUACCCUUAGUGUACAAGUUGAAGAUACUGAGUGUGCUGGUGGCACAGAUCCUGACUUAUGCCUCAGUGAGAGACAUUAUUGAUGACAAUAUAGAGAAGCUGCGGGAGGUGAAGAACAAGCUGCGUCUGCACCAGUUAGCACAGAUCAAGAAGGAGAAGGAAAUUAACUCUGCCAGACUGCAGGAGAAGCGCGAGCGCAAGCAGAAAGAGCGUGAUCGACUGCUCAGGGAGGCGGAGAAAAAAGCUGCUGCUGCAGCUAUGACUGGGGAAGCUGACAAUCCCAUCGAGCUGGACGAGGACGAGGAGGAAGACGAUGACGAGGAAGAGGAGGAUGAAAGUGAGAAGGCAGCACGAGAAGAAAAAGAGGAGAAGAACAAGGAAGCAAGAAAGCAAGACUUUCUAAAACGAGAGAGAGAGCUGAUGCAGCAGGUUCUUAAUAUGGCACAGGGUGUUAACUGUACUCCCUUGGGCCAGGACCGAGCAUAUCGUCGAUACUGGUUGUUCAGUUCUCUGCCUGGUUUAUUUGUGGAAGAUAAUGAGCUCAAUCCCGGGGUGUGCCGAGACACUCCGACGCCCUACAACCCACAGUCCGCCGCUGAGCUGACAGAAGCACUUGAGAAACGCUCCUUGGUUGAAGCCAAGAAGAACUUGGCAGAAAUAACCACCGAGAAAGACGACAAGAACAAUAGUGACAAAGAAAAUGAUGGAAGCCAAAAGCUUGCCAAGCCUCUUACGGUCAUCCCCAAUAAAAAAUUGUUAAAGAUGCCUAAUAACAAUCAGUCGUCAGGUCAGAUCAAAACUGAGAAAAAUCUGGUGAAUUUGUCUUCACCUGCUAAUGAUGCCAAAUCAGAUUUAAAAAUGAAUGGGAAUGUACCAAAAAUGAUGAAUUGUGAAGUGAAGUUAGAGGUGAUGCCAAAUCACAGUGAGUCCACCAUUUGUGUUAAAUCUGAAAAAUCUCUUCCGAUAUUACCUUCAUCCACUAAUAGUACUGAAUCUGAAUUAAAAAUGGAUGCACUUACACCAAAAAUAAAUUGUGAGGUGAAGUUGGAAGUGAUGACCAAUCAUAAUGAGUUGGUCAGUCCAUCAGUCACUAAUGGCAUGGAUUCUAUAUUAAAUACGGCCUUAAACGCACCUGUAAUGGUGAAUGGUGACAACGAAUGUGAAGGCGUCAGUGUCAGAGAGGAGUCAGUGACCUAUGGUGUAAAUAGUCCUGGACCAGCACCAGAUAUAUUUGGUCUAUGUACAGCUGAUCCCCAAAGCUGUCCAGUGCACGCUAAUAGAAAUAAUAAACACAAAUGGUUCUUUUUCCACAAAAUAGAAGACCUGAAUUCUCUUAUUUCUUCUCUGAAUAGUAGAGGUUAUCGAGAAGGAGAACUAAAGAAUGUGUUAGAGUGCUAUAAGACUGCAGCUGAGAAUUCCAUGAAAGCUUGUCCAGUGUUCAAACUUGAUCCAUCUCAGGAACCAGAGAUUGAUCAAGCUGUCCGAAAAUCCCAGCGAAACCUGAAUACCAAAAAGGAUGAAGAUGCCAACUUGAACUUCCCUCCAGGAACAUCUAUUGAUGAAAUAUUGCAAUACACACUUCGUGACAUGAUACUCGAGACUGAGGAGAAAAUACACAUGGGCAUGCUAGGCAGUCUGCGGAUUGGAGACCGCGAGGCCUGGAGAGAAGCCAUCGUGGAGGGCAUUUUAGGCAAAGGGUCCGAGCUGGAUUUCUUCGGUCGCAAGCGCAUCUACACCAGGUUGUCUGACCUGGACUUCGGUGGUCGCAAGCGUAUCUCUCAGUUUAAGAUGGAACUUGGCGUGGAAAUUAGCGAAGAGCAAGAUGGGGAAGAACUCCUGGGCGAGGCCACCGAGGCUGCCAUUGUCAAGGACCUGGCCCAGGCCAUCUUACAGCUUGGCCAGUCUAUUGAAUGCAAGUACUUGAAGCCACCUUUAGGCGAGACUGAUAAGGCUCGGAGGGUCCGGGAACGGGCGGAGGAAAAAUAUAGGCGCAAAGUUAAAAAGAACGAAGAUGGAGGUGCAAAAUCCGACAGGGAUUCCGACGACGACGAAGACAGCAGCAGAGUGUCAGACCAGGUGAUGGAUAAUGCACUCAGAACUCCCAUUGAAAGAUGGGAGAUGUCUCUGAUGGCUAGCACCAGCCUCUCUCAGCUGUGUUUACACUUUGCAACGCUAGAUAACUCCAUAACGUGGUCACGCUCGGCGCUCAAUGCCCGUUGCCGCAUCUGUAAGCGCAAGGCAGAUGCCGAGAACAUGUUGCUGUGUGAUGGCUGUGACAAGGGUCAUCACAUCUAUUGUUUAAAACCAAAACUAAAGGAGAUACCAUCAGGUGAUUGGUUCUGUGAUCGCUGCAAAAAAAAAGAGAAACCAAAGAGUCCACGCAAAAAUCGUCAGAUUUAUAAGGACGUGUCUGAUGAUGAGAUGGGCUUCGCAGAUGUUACUGUUGAUGAUGAGAACAGUGAAGUGGAGAACCAGGACUCUUGCUUCGUGUGUGAGAAGCCUGGUCGGCUCAUCUGCUGCGACACUUGUCCACUGGCCUUCCACCAGGCCUGUGCAAAUCUACGCAAAAUUCCUCAAGGAAACUGGUCAUGCCAUCACUGUCACUCUAACCCACCUAUCAAAGGGAAGGAUUGUCCCCCAGAAAAGAAGAAAAAGAAGGAAAAGAACAAAACUAGUAAAGACACAAAUAAGGACAAUAAUAGGAGCAAUAAGGAGAACAAGGGUAAGAAGGAGACAAAAAAUGUCAAGACUAUGAAGGAGACGAAGACUACUAAGAAGGUGUGCAAGAGUGCAGAGGUGACGACCAAGAUGACUAAAAGUAAGAAGAGACACAGUGAAGGAGAUAUACAUCGCAUCGCAAAGAAGCUUAAACUGUAUGAAUAUGAAUCUGAUUGGAUACCACCGAAACGAAGCAGUGGUAGACGUUCACUGGUCAACGAAGACAGUGAGCUCAACUGCCCAGCUCUGGAGACCAUACUGGAUGAACUUCAGCGGCACCCAGCAAGCUGGCCCUUCAUGAGGCCAGUCUCCAAGAAAAUUGCUCCUGACUAUUAUGAUGUUGUAAAGAAGCCGAUGGACAUGAGAAGAAUACGAGACAAGCUGACCAACAUGAAGUAUACGACAGAUGGCGAGUUUAUUGCUGAUGUUGGUCUGGUGUUCCAGAACUGUGAGUUGUACAACAGAGCUCACACUGAGGAGUACAAGUGUGGCGUAGUGCUCCGUAACCUCUUUGUGAAGCUACUAAAAGAGUUAGGCCUUAGUAAUCACACAGACUUGAGAAAGGAAACAAAUAAGAAAAAGUGUCAGUGACCUCCUGUUCUCAUUUGACAGUGUCCUGGAAGCACAAACUCUUAGUCUUAACCUUCAUGACUCUGUUAUAAUUAGUUACUGCACACUCUAUGUGUGAAUAGAGCUUGAAGUUGGACAAGCAGAAUAUUGAGGUGUUUAAGUUAUUACUUGAGGUGAUGAACAAGACUCAAGGUGUGACUGCACGUUACUACAGUUAAUGCUCACCCAGUAUCUUCCUAUUUUGUAAUAAAGAGUGAAAGAAAGUACAGUGGACCCCCGCAUAACGAUCACCUCCGAAUGCGACCAAUUAUGUAAGUGUAUUUAUGUAAGUGCGUUUGUACGUGUAUGUUUGGGGGUCUGAAAUGGACUAAUCUACUUCACAAUAUUCCUUAUAGGAACAAAUUCGGUCAGUACUGGCACCUGAACAUACUUCUGGAGUGAAAAAAUAUCGUUAACCGGGGGUCCACUGUACUAGGGAAGCGAGGUACGAUGGUACAUGAUUCCCUCAGCGACUAAUCUACACACAAAAUGUCUAUAAUUUUUUGAAAGUUUUUAUAUUUAUAAUAUAUAUAUAUUAGGUACUCUGCUACUACAUAAUGGUUCUUCAGACUUUAUAAUAUACAGGUUCCAAGCAGUUUUUUUUUUUUUUUUUUUAUGAAAAAAUUACGAAUAAUUUUACAAUUAAAAUGAAAAAAUUCCUACAAUAUUAAUUUUAUUUGUGAGCCAACAGUGACAAUACAUUACUGUAGUAACUCCUUCAUAUUGCAAGCAUAACUAUUACACAUAUUGUAUAAGUAUCAAACAGGUUUUUGAGGCACUUGUGUAGCAAACUAUCAUAAAAUGUUCAUUAGAAAAAAUAUUGGUGCUGAAGGACCCAUGUGGGUUAAACACAUUUUGUGAAUGAAAUAAAUUCAAAACACACUUAAACACCAAAAUCACCAUUUCAUUUACUUUUAAAUGUGAGAUUAAUAUAGGUGAAUAAAGCCAUCACAUACUGGAAGCUUGUAAUGCACACCAUGGCUGGUUCUGGUAAUAUCAACUAUGAUUCUAGUAAUUUCAUAUCACCAGUAACUUGUUUUAAUAAAAGAAAGUUAGAACAAUAUAGGAUUGUAAACUCUAGAUAUGUAAAACCCAAUACUACACUUACAGAAUUGUGAAACAAUUCUGAUGUUAUCAAGAACUCAGGGAAGUAAGAUGAAUAUGAAUGGUAUUAUUACCUGUUGUGGCGUUACCAGGGUGUCAUCGACAUACCUAUUGUUGGCGAAGGCUAUGACCCCCCCACGGUCCAGUCCUCAGGGUUAGUGGUUCAGUAUAACAAUGUGUCUUAAAACAAGAGUCCAUAAAUGGUAAAACGCCAUUGGUAGUUUCUUCUAAAUUUCGGAUACUAUGUCACGACCCAGCUUGGUCGACCCUGAAGCCUCGUUGAUCAUCGAGCGAGGGAACCGUCACAAACAGUACGUUGCAUUUUAUGUUACUCUUGUGGAUCAUUGUUUUCCAUUUCCAGUUGACCCACUGUUAGUGUCUUUAGCUGACCUACUGUCAGCUUAACCCACUGUCAGUUGACCCACUGAGUAUUACAGACAGCAGCACUCACUGUCAACCAAGUUCUGGGAAUUUCCACUAAGAUAAUAUAGUAGUGUUAUAGCUAGGUUAACAUUAAUGUGACAGUGAAGAGUGACAGGUAGCCAUACUUCAUGUUACUCACAUUCUUACAAUAACACUUGAACAUUUUUAGCUUGCAAAGGAAAUUUUUUUUUAAAUAUUUAUUUUUUAAGUCAUUGGAUAUUUUCCAAAUAAUAAUUGUUCUUGUA